AUGAUGUUUGUGACACAUACCAACACCAGGGAAACCCAUUUCACUGCAACUUUCACUGGUCUUGUCAGUGGGAGAACCUAUACUGUAGGUGUUCAGACCACCGUGAACGGACUUUUGGAAAGUGAGAUUGUCAAUGUAAAGGCCACAACAGCACCAAAUGCACCAACAGACGUUGAGGUUACAGCUGAAGGGAGAAGCUUGACUAUUGACUGGCAACCACCGACAGGAGAUGUGGGUGGCUACAGUCUACAGCUUUCCUUUGGGAGCGUGGCAGUCAACGAUGUCAGCUUAUCAGCGAAUGCUACACAAUACAAGUUUAGUGGACUUGUACCAGGAAGAGAAUAUAAUGUCUCAAUCACCAGCGUCAGUGGCGCUGGCAGUUAUCUGGCAACCAGCCUGGUUGUCACUGAAGCCAAACGAAUAUCUCCGGCGGCUCCAACAGCUGUAAAGGUCAUUGCAGUGACAUCAUCUUCGAUCGCCCUAUCAUGGGAUGCUGCUGAGGGAGAUGCAGAUGGUUACGGAGUAACCGCCAUUACCGAGUGUCAAGGUUCUGCAAACGUGACUUUGUCCGUCGAGGGAGUAAUGGUUGAGGUUACAGGUCUGGGCUCAGGCUGUGAGUACGAGCUGACAGUCCUAACUCUUUCGGGAGAGAAGAAAAGGCAGGCAGUUUCUCUGAAACAAACGACAUGUAAGGCCAGAAAGUCCACAAAAUUUUAG